GGGAUCUCCGUCCCGCGCUCGAGACCCCUUCUCCCGGCAACGCGCGUGCGUGGCGCAGUACCUACCCGUCGCCGGCAACUGGGCCUGCAGUCGCUGUUGUCACUACUCCGGUAAGCGCCCCCCUUCCCCUCAGUUCCAGGCGCCACCCUCGAGGAUCCAGUGCCUCUCCCUCCACACCCUCGUCACCUCCGCUCUUCACCCCGUCACCCCAUCACUCGCGGGCCUGGACCACGUUCGACGUCGUCACCUACCCUCGGGAUCUGCGCGCGCAGCAUGGGUGCGCAGUCCCACGGCGCGACGGCGUCAACAAACACGCAGCCGGGUGGUGUACGUCUGUGUACGUGUGUAGGCGCGACGGUCAUAUACGCGCGCCUAUUGUCCUCUGAUGCCGCUGGUAACGGGCGGGCUAUCGAAAUACACUCCUUCCCUUGCGCCGCUUUCGACUUUCCGUGCGUGGAUACGGUCUCGGGGGGCACACGUCCCCGUGUAAUUCAAACGGGACCUCUCUCGACUUGGGCAGCACGACCCCGUCGCCUCACCUGCAGGCCUCCCGGCGCACAAAGAACACGCGGCCAAGCCUUGCGUCGCCUCCCGCACGCGCCUCCUUUCGCUGCUUGCCGCCGCGUCGGCGCGCGUUGCCCUCGACUCUUUCGCCCUUUACGUCACGCGCAUAUGGGUAACUCUGCAUUCCCCCACGGCUCUCCGCCACACCCACCUGCCCUCGUUCGUCAUCCAGCUGCGCACUCCUUUACUCAUCGCCUCCUUCUCAUUUCCGGUGCGCUGUGGGCCUUGGGGCACAACUGCGAAUACGGUUUGUGAACGUGAACCUUCGAGGAGCACGUGCAUGGUUCGACUUCGGUUUUGAACCCCAUUGCGUCGGACAAAGGGAAAACUUCCCGCACGUUUGCGCAGGUCCGCCAACGCACGUGAGGGGACGUACUGGAACUUGUGCACGUGUAUGCCUGCCGUCUACCCUGUUUUCUGCUCCUUCCGUGUUCAUCUACGC